ACUCAGCAAAUUCAUGGGUGUUUUUCAUAAAGCCAAAGUUCAGUCUAGCUUCCGGGAUCCGGUGUUAUGAAUGAGAUGAAUGUGACAGCUGUAUGCCGACUGAAAAUGCUUGCAAUCAUCGCGCACUAAUGAAUGUUUAAUAUAUAAAAAAUUCAAGACAUAUUUCAAGAUUGAAAAAGGACAGAAUAACCAUACAUAACUUACCUGCAGAUAAGCGGAAAUCUUCUUUUAAGAAGAAAUGGAUUCAACAGAGUCUACCAAAGGGAAGGAGAGCGUUCAGAAAAGAUCUCCUCUAGAUCUGAUUAUGAACCAGUUCCGAAGGAAAGCCUCUUUCACGGAGAGAAAGAAACCGGCUGUGGGUCGCCUCUUCCGCCCGUCAGAGAGCAGUGACAAGAAGAACGUAGGCAUACCUGAAGUGAAAGAAUCAGAUGCCACUGACGGAAAGGAAAAUAAUGAGCCUGGGAAAGAGAUCAGUAACACAGAUGACGAAACCGGCUCUGUUGUGGGCUGGGGUCGGGUGAAGCAGUUCGUUCAGAAGCUUGGGAAAACCCCUCACAGUCAGAAUCUGAGCCUGAGCCACUGUGAUCUGACAGCGACUGAUGUGGUGGAACUAGCCACCUUACUGCCAUAUCUGGCUCAGCUGGAGGUGAUGGACCUGUCCUGGAAUGAUUUGGUUGGAGGCUCCUUGAAGGCACUUACUGCCCAUCUGCAGCAUGUAGGGAGACUGAGAGUGCUGAAGCUGUGCAGCUGCAGAUUAACAGAUCAAGACCUUACUGCUCUCGGUGAAGCUCUUGACUGCAUUCCUCUAAUGGAGGUGCUAGAUUUGUCCUGGAAUGUUGGCGUCGGCGCAGGAAAUUUCAGACACUUCACAGAUCACCUCCAACCUCAAAGUACACUGAAAGAACUCCGCCUGGUGGACUGUCAGCUCUCUGAGACAGACAUUACAGCUCUGAGUGAGGCUCUUCCCAUGUUGUCUAUUUUGGAGGAGUUAGAUCUGUCCAAUAACAAACUGCCAAUCAAGGAAAUGGAAAACUUCACCUCUUCUCUAGGCUCAACUCCACAACUGAAGACCCUAAAACUGAGCAUGUGUGGACUCACUAAAGACAGCCUUAGUAUUCUGGGACAGGCACUCAGGUCCAUUUCUGCACUGGAGCACAUUGAUCUGUCUUGUAAUAAGGAAGCAAGUGGAGGUCUCACCACACUGGCCACUAACCUAGUUCCCACACGCUUGAGAAGUUUAGACAUGCAUCUAUGCUGUCUAACAAAGGAGGAUGUGUUGGCUUUAGUCCAGGUAGCUCCAUCUCUUAAAGAGCUCAGAGAGCUGGAUUUGUCGUCCAAUAAAAGUGUUGGAGAUACACUCCAGGACCUUCUGCAAGCCCUCCCUCUUUCACAAAUAACCAAACUUCCACUAAACAACUGUGCUUUGAGCACACAUGCAUGUCAUGCUCUGGCUACCACAAUGCAGAUGCUAAAACAGCUUGAAAGCCUGAACUUGUCAUGGAACAAAUGUGUGGGGGAAAAUCUAAGGGAAUUUCUGGAGCCUUUGCAGCCUGAUUGCAAACUACAAGAACUCAGACUGAGUAGCUGUAAUUUAACUACGGAAGAUGUGCUACAUCUAGAAUCUGCUUGCCAGAGUGGAGUUCUGUCCCAUCUGAAGCAGCUAGAUUUGUCCUAUAACGGCAGCGUUGGCGAUGGUGGUUGGACGUCUCUUUUUGGCAAGGCUGCUGCUCUAAAGGGACUGGAGGAGCUGGAUGUCAGUCUGCGACCUUCUGCAUCCCUCUCUGCGUCUCCCUGGCUGCCCGCCUUGUUGGAGGCCCUUCCGCAGCUCUCGUCCCUCACCCAUCUGUCUCUCCAGCACUGGGCUCUGAGUUCAACUGAGAGAGAUAAGCUGGAAAAAAUUCUUAGCAAGAAGAAUGGCAUCCUGGAAUGUGACAGGCUGGCCACGCCCACACCCAAGGCUGCAGGUUAAUGAGAAGCAUUUUUAACCGUUUUGACAAUUAUGGUUUUCCAAGUUACUGAAGCCGCAAAUCAAGAUGUUACUGAGAAUGCGAUGACUGAAAGGCAUUCAACUAUUACAUAUUUUCCUUUAACCCAUUUUUUAAUUUUAUAUCACACAAAUGAUCAUAAAAAAAAAAAAAGGAUUUUUUUUAAUCGUCAGUUUAAAGCAUGGGAAAUUAAAAUUUAACUCGUUAGCAUAGGGUUAAAGUAGUGUGACUGUACGUCCUCUUUUCAUGGACAUGUUCUAACCGAGAUUUCUAAAUAGUCUAAAAUGUCCUGGUUUUAUCACAAACUUUAUUAUUAUUUACUUAGAUCUGCAUGAAGAUUCAUACAUUUUCAUUUAUGGGUUGAAUAUCCCUUUAAGUGUUGAUUGUUUGCACUACAGUAGAGAUUAUUCUUGUUGGACAAGGAUUUGAACUACCAGUCAAAAGUUUUUGAACAGUAAGAUUUUUAAUGUUUUAAAAAGCCAAGCCUGCAUUUAUUUGAUCGAAAGCACAGCAAAAACAGAAAAAAUGUGAAAUAUUUUUUACUAUUUAAAAUAACUGUUUUCUAUUUGAAUAUAUUUAAAAAUGUCAUUUAUUCCUGAGAUUUCAAAAAAGAAUUUUUAGUCACUCCAGUCACAUGAUCCUUCAGAAAUCAUUCUAAUAUAUAGUAAAUAUAUCAUUCUAAUAGUAAAAAUAUUACAAAAUUGUACAGUUUUUGCUUUACUUUGGAUCAAAUAAAUGCAGGCAUGGUGAGCAGAAGAUACUACUUUAAAAACAUUUUUCUGUUCAAAAAUCUUACUGUUCAAAAACUUUUGACUGGUAGUGUAGAUUUACACUUUUCAUUUUUUAUUCACUUGCUUUCUUUCUCAUUUAUAUCAAACAACAUUGUUUUAGACUGAAUUUGCUAAAUCAAAAUCUCUCUGACUUUUAUCCGUCCUGCCAAAACUGUGGAAAAAUUUGCAUGUGACACCCAAUACAGCAAAGACUAAGUGUCAGAGCAAAUCAUUUACAUAAAUGACGUGUUUUUCGCAGACAUCAUGGCAGCC